AUGGAGCUCUGGGCUGCGCCCUCCGUCACGGCGGCUUCUGCAAGGCUGCCUCUGUGUGGUGCGCCCGCCUGCCGCCGAGCACAAAGCUCCACGAAGAGGCCGCUGCGUGUGCCGGCCACACUGGCGGUGGGCGCUGCAGGUCUUGCGGCUCGGAGGCGGAGGCUGCGUCGCGCCCGGGCUGCGGAGCCAGAGGAGGUCGGCGCAGACGCCAGCCCAGGAGAUGCAGUCAUCGAUGACGUCGAGUAUUUCUUCGUCAGUGGAGGUGAGGAGGAGGAUCAGACCGUUACGAAAGAAGUGCUCGAGAGGGUCAACAUGGUCACCAGGGCCCAUCAAGGACUCUACAAGGCGCCGGAGGGAGUUCCCGACACGGAGCAGGGCGUGGGGGCGCUGACUGGAGCUUUGACUUCUUUCCCGACGGAGCAGGAGUGGCAGGUGGUCGGCAAGACGAAAACUGACGACGACCGAGAGAAGUUCCUGGUAAGUGUUCGAGAAGCUGUUGCGCAGCACACGGGCGAGCUGGCGGAGGAUGCCCUGUCGGUAACUACCCGGCUCAAUGGCAGAUACACGUCGGUUCGAAUUCGACAGCAAGUCUGGUGUGUCGAGCAGAUCUCCAGGGUCCUCGAUGCUCUGAAAGGGCUGCCGCAGGUGGUCAUGUGCUUCUGA